AUGUUUGAUAAUAAACGUAAAUAUAUUGAUUAUGUGGUUGCAAAUGUUCUUCGCCAAGUUGUUGAUCAUAUAUCACUUGAUUGUUUACAUAAAUUAUCGUGUUGUUUACCACAAAAAAUCGAAGAAAUUCUUCGAAAUGUUACUGAUAUUGAUUCGGAUCGGUUGAUACGAAUAUUAGUUACUGAUAUUCUUCAAUCCUAUGGUAAUAGUGCUGGACAAGUUACAGAUUGGUAUGUAUUUGCUAAUUCAAUAAAGCCUUCUCAUUCGUUAUCAAAAACUAAUGAUAAUGAUAAUAAACAAGAAGAUGUACCUAUUAAUAAACCAACAUCGAAAUCAUCUAAAAAUAAGAAAAAUUCAGAUCGUGUAUUAAAAGAUCAGAUUAAAUCAAUUUUUGAUACUACUCCAGUAUCACCAUCACUUGUUAAUAAGAAACGAUCUUCUGAAAGUAUUGCUUUUAAUAAAUUUACUACUCCAUCAACAGAUCCGAAUAAUCCAUCGAUGAAUCAAACUCCAUCAAAUGUAAUGACACCUCAAAUGAUAUCUACAACAAAUACAAUGACUCCAACGAGUACAUAUUCAAAGGAAACAUAUACACCUAUUGGUACUAAAUACCAAUCAAGAGCAAAACCAAAUCAGGAUUUAAUAUUUAAUAAAACUAAUGAAAUUGAUAAUCAUGAAUCUCUUCCAUUUCAUAAAAAAUCAGAAUUACAUAAAUCUCCACCACAACAUCGAAAAUCAGCAAACAUCCAUCAUUAUGAUCAUAAAUCUAAUAAAAGUAGUGAUCAAUCAUUAUGUAGCGAUUGUGUUCUAACAAUUCAACAUAAACAUAAACAUAAAAGAAGUCCUGUUCAUCAAAAACAUGAUCAUCAUAUCAUCAAAAAUUUUGAUACAUUAUCAACACGCUCUUCAUCCUCUCAUUCUUCUGUUCCUAUCAAUAAACUACACAUCGACAAAUAUAAACAGAACUCCGGUAAUGCUUCUUCAAUAAUUACGGAUAUAGCAUCAACAAGUACCAAAUCUUCUAACAGCAUAAAUGUAGAACAAUCAAAAUUAAAUGAUCUUCUCACUGAUGAACAGAUGUUAUUAUUCAAAUUAUUUGCAUCUUCUGAUAAUGCUGUUAAAUAUCUUUCUCAAAAUCAAUUUCCUACAGAUACUGAAUAUCAAUCAUUAUCAUCAAAUGAUCUAGAAAAAAUGAGUUUAUCUUUGACUGAAAAUCGUCUGAAACCCAGCUUGGAAAAGAAAACUUUAAGAUUUAAUCAUUAUCCAAAUAUGUUGGCUGAUUUUGAUUAA